CGAGCAGCCAGCGCACGCGUGAUCGCACUCCUAAACACGCAGCCGGAACGCCGCCAGCCGUGCGCCCCAGAGACAUUGGCUGAACCGUUUUGCUGGGAGCACCCCAAGAGCACCAUUGACGGCUGCACCCACCGCCGACCGUAGUCCACAGCAGCAGUCCGUGCUCUACCAAGUGCCUGCGCAUCGCAGAGGGGUUAUUAUGUCUACCCCAGGCGCCGAAGAUGCGUCUCUCUCGCCGGAGUACAGCGGAGACUUGGACGACGAUAUGGCUGCCGAACAAUCAACUGACCGCCAGUCUGCCGAUGGCGAUGCCUCGCCCUCGCAAAAGACCACCAACGGCAAGCCUACCUCGAGUGCAAAGGAUCCCCUGAGGCCGCGAAGAAAGAAGGCGCGAAGGGCAUGCUUUGCCUGUCAGCGAGCCCAUCUGACAUGCGGCGACGAGAGACCAUGUAAUCGCUGCAUCAAGCGUGGCCUCCAAGACCAUUGCAUGGAUGGCGUGCGCAAGAAGGCCAAGUACCUACAUGAUGCGCCAGAUGGCGCGCUCAUGCCAGGUGUGGGCGGCCACUAUCCGUACAUGAAUGGUAAUCGCCCAACACCACUUCCAACGCAGGACACCCAGACGGUCUCUGUGGCCCCACAGAACAAUCUCUACACCCAGGCCUCACCAACGACAUUCUAUACGCCAAACCCCGUUCCAGGCCCUCUACCAGUCAGUCAAGACGGGCGAACAUUCAAUAACCAGCAGUCUCCAAUAUCACCCCCAUUUACUCAAGCGCACCAUAGCUCGGUGCAAAACGUACCGAGCACAAUACCCCCGGGCCAGUCUGGACAGGUACCGCAUUUCGGUACACUAUUUGAUCCAAGCGAUCCAGCCUUGUUCAACUUUGACAUCUCAAGUCUGAACUUUGGCAACCACUAUGGUGCCCUCGAAUUUGGCAUGCUCGGUCACAUGUCAUCCGGCGCAGCUGAGCAACCCCACGAUCCGGGCAAUACCUUGAUGAAUCCUAUGAGCCAAGCUGGGGGCGUGUACCAUCAGCAAAUGCCAGCAAGCUAUGCAGACCAGUCCAAUCCCGCUGUAGCAAUGUCCUUUGGUCCGAAUGGGCUUCCAACGGGCGAAUGGCAAGAAUCCACGGCACGCCAGGGGGGUAGUAUGCAGGUCCAAACGCCAAACAACACCCCAGCCACGGCACACUUGGACCAUAGCCUUCAUCGGAAUGACAGUAUCCAUGGUCCCCACGCCUUUGCUAUAGGCCAAGGUCCCUCGAGCCACUCCACAGCCAGCCCAGCCUCAACAGAUGCCUCGGCAUUCGAGAAUGAUAACCCGCUAGCUUCCGCUGCUUUCUUCGCUAAUACUAGCCGACCGCAUGUGCAGCGCUCACCAGUUCUCAAUCGAUCACAACAGGAAAACAGGCCUCCAAACACCGCGCUGCAACCGAUACAUUCGAAUGGCAUCCGCAAACGCCAAAGAGAUACAAAGAGUAUCUAUCAAGGCAUCACCAAGCCAUAUGACUAUGUGAAGGGCUAUCAUAGGCUCUACCAAUUAAUCAAUAAGAAGUACUCAAGACCAUGGGUCGCAAAAGCGCAGGAGUAUCUACAGAAUUACCGACCGGUCCUGCUGCAAGUCCGCGAAGAGCUAAACACCGACGAUUUGAUCCAUCAAGAGAUGGGCUUGCAACGUAAUCUCAUGACACUACAAGAACACUUCGCCGAGGUCGGUACCCCGUUCCUGAUCUGUCGGCGCUCAGGAGAGAUCGUUGGAAUCAACAAAGAGUUUACCAUUCUUACUGGCUGGAGGCGUGAGGUACUCUUGGGCAACGAGGCAAAUCAAAACGUCAAUCUAGGCGCAAAUCGGGAUGCAAGCGACAGCGAAAUCUCUACCCAGAAUACGACGCCCAAUAUCCCUGCACAGGAUGGCGACACCGGCACACCCAACGUCAAUAUUAUUGAGCUCAUGGAUGCCAAAUCCGCGCUCGAAUUUCUACAGCACUUUUCCGAGCUUUGCUAUCAAGACCCACGUGGAUAUGCGUCACAGCGCGUCAAUAUGCUGCGCUACCAGACCAAAGCGGACUUUGAGCGCAUCCAAGACAUGAAGGCAAAUGCCGCUACUGAUGUCAAGCUUGACCCUCUCGUCAAGAUGGAGGGCGGUGCUGUGCACCAGGGUGAGAGCGCGAUGCAGAGGCUAGGCGCGAAAAAUGGCAUGGUAGAUUGCAUGAUUUGGUGGCACAUUAAGCGGGAUAUCUUUGAUAUGCCGGUGUUGGUGUGCAUGAGUGUCAUGCCCGUGUUGGACAAAGGUCUACAAUGAGCAUGGUAAUAUCGCUUGGCCUCGCCUAUAUAUAUUUCUACUCGGUACCUGAUUAUAGUUCGUUCCGUUUCGCACCACAAAAGAACACAUAUACGAACGAUGCACACACACACACGGGACAGAUGAUGGCGAUACGGCCAUAGAGCGGUAUCAAAAAGUACUUUCGGGCGCUUGCAUGUUCAAGAGUUGUCACAUGCGGAUUUGAUUCUCGACUACAAGCAUUCUAGCGCCAGCGCUUUAUUUGUACGACAUGUGCUCACCCAGAUGUCACGGCGCUUUUCUCUCUCUUUCGAGCAACACGUUGCGUGGGUACAUGGCACGACACGGGAGUAUUCGGAGCACGGAAUCAUAGGGUAAUGGUUAAUGAGUAUUUUUUGGCCAGGAUAAGCUGGAACGGCGAUUGGGUGUUCAAGGCGUACACAUGGGCG